UGAGAUUCCCAUGGGCCUGCUUCUCAAGCUAAUAUUUUGAGCUAUCCCUGUGAGUAUCCCUCCAGGAAUACUCCUUGGCAGUCUGUAAAGAAGAGACUCCAUUCCUUCCACUUUUUCACCUUAGUGCUGGGGUGUUGUCUGAGCCAUGCUUACCUUAAGUGUAGUGAGUUCGCCAGGUAUGUUAAGUCAAUAAUUCAAACAGAUACAACUUCAUUGAUGUGUUGUCUUUAUUUGACACACAGGAAGUUUUGUGGUUUAAUUUAUCAGAUAAUGAGAGUUUUUCUCAUUUACUAUUGUUUCUCAUUUCACCCCUGUUUCCUAGGUAGCUGUAGUUCCUGGAUGCUUACAACUACAUGUAAUGUGAUGGACAGAGCUUAGACAAAAAAAGCUGGUUUUUGAGCCUUUUGAGUUAUAUUUUCUGUAACUGAUAGUAAAAUGUGACUGUCCUUGAAAACUUUAUAUAAUUUGUGGAAGCAGUGGGUUAUUUUUGAUUCUCAGCUCCUAAAAGAUGGAAUUUCAAAAACUUCGAGAAACUUUCUUGUAAAGAAAGUUAACAUCAGGGAAAGGUGAACUUCAAAUAGGAAGAUGUUCUCAUUCUUGUUUUCUCACAUCAACUUAUGUAUCAUCACAUCAACCUCUUGUCUGUAGCUAAGCUUUUUAUACCUCUAAGUUCCACAAAGAUUGAGUUUCAAAUGUGAUAAUGCCAAUAAUUUUGGCAGCUGAGAUGCCUGUCACUUUUACUUUAAAAUAAAAGCCACAUUUUUUGGAUAAAACACUUGUAAUAAUUGUAAAAAGCAUGUUAGAAGCAUGAAAUCUUAUGACAACUUUGUCACGUGUCCUCAUUUUAGACAGGUAAAUUGUCUUAAAUUAGCUCACACAGUUCCUAAAAACAGUGUUUUGCACUAGUCAAUACAUUUUAUAUUCCUCCUCUUCAAAGACUUCUGAGAAUUGAUAAUUUUUCCCCCCCCUGUACAAAGAUUAGAUGAAUUUUGCACAUACUUUCCUAAAUUCCAACAAAAGGAAUAGGUAAGUGUAACAGGCUUGUCCAGGCCCUUUUUAAAAAGCUGUGUGUAAACAGUGCAAUCAAAGAAUUUACUGAUACACAUGUACAGACAGAAUAGUUUAAGAUAGGAGUGAUGCAUAUUCGCUGUGUGAUCAUUCUCUGGAGGUUGCAUUAAUAGAGAAGCAUAAGUCCUUUCAUAGUCUUUGUCUUCAAAGGACAGUAGCCAAUACAACUAAGUACUGCAGACAGUUGAGGUUUUGUUGCCUAGUAGCACAUGGUCUUGCCAUAGCAAAAUCAGUAAGUGUCCAUAAUAGCAAUAAGUUCUAUUCCUGUGUAGCUUGCUACACCCCAUUAAGCUUCAUCAGUUCCCCUAGUGUUUAGAUAGCACAGGUUUGGAUGCAUGCCUCAUGUGUGCAUUUGGCUUCUGAUAACUGUUUAUAGCCAUCCUUCUCUCUCUGAUUUUUUUCAGCAGAGAUUCCUAUUUAAGAAAUGUGUGGCAGGGGAGAAAGAGAGAUAUCAACAAGCCAAUGCUUAUCUCUAGCCUCCUGAUGCCUCAAGCAAUUACUUUCCUUUUUUCUUCUUCAUUAUGGGUUAGUGAUGAGGUUUUUUUGGACUUUCACAUGCAGUUUAGGUAUCCAUGGUAUGGAAAUGUGACUGAGAUAGAAGUACAGGCUGAUACUUCCCUGAUGACCUUGACUGACAAUUCUUUUGCUUCCUGGUAGGUGGGAGCCGUAACACUUAGUGUAAGGACUCUGUUGUAGGCUGGAGGAAGAGGAAGACUGCAAUAAACAGGAUAACUGGUGCUCUCCCCACUUUCCUGGUUGCACAGUGGGACUUUUCUCACUGCUGCUGAUGCCCAGAUGGUCUCCUUGCGGGAGGAGCAGCCUCAGCCGUUCUGUGGAAGAGAAACCUGAUUGCUCCAAGGCCCGCUGUGAGGUCCAGUUUUCUCCUCGAUGUCCAGAAGAUUCCAUCUUGAUUGAAGGCUAUGCUCCUCCUGGUGAAUGCUGUCCACUCCCAAGCCGUUGUGUGUGUAAUCCUGCAGGCUGCUUGAGGAAGGUUUGCCAACCUGGCUAUUUGAAUAUAUUGGUUUCUAAGGCAUCGGGAAAGCCAGGGGAAUGCUGUGAUCUCUAUGAAUGCAAGCCAGUGUUCAGUGUGGAUUGCAGCACAGUCGAAUGUCCCCCUGUUCAGCAAGUUGUUUGUCCCCUGGAUAGCUAUGAAACCCAAGUCAGGCUGACGGCUGAUGGCUGCUGCACCCUGCCCACAAGAUGCGAGUGUCUCACUGGUUUAUGUGGUUUCCCCAUGUGCGAGGCAGGCUCCGUUCCCCAGAUAGUCUCACGUGGAGAUGGAACACCUGGCAAGUGCUGUGAUGUCUUUGAAUGUGUCAAUGAAGUGAAGCCAACUUGCAUAUUUAACAGCAUGGAAUAUUAUGACGGAGACAUGUUUCGGAUGGAUGCUUGUCGAUUUUGUCGGUGCCAAGGGGGAGUCUCUAUUUGUUUCUCUGCCCAGUGUGGUGAGCUACACUGUGACAGGUACUAUGUGCCGGAAGGAGAGUGCUGCCCAGUGUGUGAAGACCCACUUUAUCCAGUCAAUAACCCUGCUGGCUGCUAUGCCAAUGGUCAGAUCCAAGCUCACGGAGACCGCUGGCGAGAGGACGACUGCACGUUCUGCCAGUGCAUCAACGGGGACCCGCACUGCGUGGCAACGGCCUGCGGACAGAGCUGCCUAAACCCUGUCAAGGUCCCCGGGGAGUGCUGCCCCGUGUGUGAAGAACCAACGUAUAUCACAAUAGGUCCGCCCACCUGUGAGGUUUUGGUGAACUGCACUUUGACCGAAAAAGACUGUAUCUAUAGCUUCAAACUGGACCAAAAUGGUUGUCGCAUUUGUCAGUGCAAAACUAGAGAGGAGCUGUGCACCGGCCUCAUUUCAGGCUGUUCCUUGGACUGUUCCUUCGGCUUCCAGACUGACGCCCACAACUGUGAGAUCUGUCAGUGCCGGCCGCGGCCCAAGAAGUGCAAACCCAUUGUAUGUGACAAGUACUGUCCCUUUGGAUACUUGAAGAACAAGCAUGGCUGUGAAAUCUGUCGGUGUAAGAAGUGCCCCAACCUGCCUUGUGGUAAAAUCUGUCCAUUGGGCUUCCAGCAGAACAGUCAUGGCUGUGUUAUCUGCAAGUGCAGAGAGGCAACAGCUUCUCUUAUGCCUCCCGUUAAAACAGGCUCUUGCCUGUCCAUGGAUGGGCGCCGGCAUGAGAAUGAGGAGAGCUGGCACGAUGGCUGCAGGGAAUGUUACUGUCAUAAUGGACGGGAAAUGUGUGCCUUGAUCACCUGCCCUGUUCCCAGUUGUGGUAACCCCACCAUACAUCCAGGGCAGUGUUGUCCAUCGUGUCCAGAUGAAAUAAUCGUGCAAAAGCCAGAGCUCACCAGUCCAUCAAUCUGUCAUGCUCCUGGUGGGGAAUACUUCGUAGAAGGAGAGACGUGGAACAUUGAUUCUUGCACACAAUGUACAUGCCACAGUGGACGUGUCCUGUGUGAGACUGAAGUCUGUCCACCUCUUCUUUGUCAAAACCCCACCCGCACACAGGACUCCUGCUGUCCACAGUGCCCAGAUGGAUCUCUUCAGCCCUCCCCAUCAAGCAAUGACAGCAUGCCCAGUUAUUGCAAAAACGAUGAAGGAGAUAUUUUUCUGACAGCUGAGUCCUGGAAGCCCAAUGUCUGCACUAGCUGCAUUUGCAUGGAUGGUGUGAUUAGAUGCUACUCUGAGUCUUGCCCACCGGUAUCCUGUGAGAGACCUGUUUUGAGAAAGGGACAGUGUUGUCCUUACUGUAUUGAAGAUACAGUUCCAAAGAAAGUGGUCUGCCACUUCAGUGGAGAAACGUACGCAGAUGAGGAACGCUGGGACAUUGACAGCUGCACACACUGCUACUGCCUGCAGGGUCAGACUCUCUGCUCCACUGUCAGCUGCCCACCUCUGCCUUGUGCUGAACCCAUCAAUGUAGAGGGAAGCUGCUGUCCCAUGUGUCCAGAGAUGUAUGUACCUGAACCCACUAACAUCCCCAUUGAGAAGACAAAUCAUCGAGGAGAUGUUGAACUGGAAGUACCAAACUGGCCAACACCGAGUGAAAAUGAUAUAAUCCACAUUCACAGAGACAUGAGCCAUCUCCAGGGAGAAUACCGGAGUGGCAGUGGGCCACACCCCAGUGAAGAUGCAUCCGUCAGCUCCGUUGCCUUGGUGACAAUCCCAAUCACGAUAGUGCUGUUACUGAUCAUCGUCCUCCUGUUCAUCAACCAGAAAAAGCAGUGGAUUCCAGUGUCCUGCUACAAAGCUCCAACAAAGCCUUCUUGCCUAAACAAUCAACUGGUAUAUGUGGACUGCAAGAAAGGUACCAUGGUCCAGGUGGACAGUUCUCAGAGGAUGCUAAGAAUUGCAGACCCAGAUUCAAGAUACAGUGGAUUUUACAGCAUGCAGAAACAGAACAACCUACAGGCAGAUAAUUUCUAUCAAACAGUUUGAAGAAUUGCACCCUUACCAAGGAUUUAAGAGAGAGAGAGAGAGAGAUAGAGAAAGAGAGACAGUCUGCUAUUAAAAUAAAACUAGAAUUGUGCACUUGCUUAGUGGAUUGUAUUGGAUUUGUGACUACAUGUACAGCUCUAAGACCUUUCUGGGAUGAGCUCUGACUCCUGCAAUGUGCCAGAAAAAGCAUUCCCACUUUUCCUUGAGAUAACUGACCAAGUGUUUUCUUAGAACCAAAGUUUUAAAACUUGUUAAGAUGUAUUUGCUUGUAACAUAGCUAUAGAGGUUUUUUGGGAGGGGGAAUCAGGGCCUAGGGGUAGGCAAUGAGGUAAAAGGAAGCUUCAGAGAAGAAAAGCUGGUCAUGCUUGGCUGGAGAAGAAAAUAUCCUGCCGAGCAGCAGGAUAGUGGUUUUCCUUGUUGCUCUGAAAUUACAUCUGUUGCAGCAAAAGCCUAACCCCAGGUGAAAAAAAAUAUGAAAAGGUCUGAUUAUUUUUUUCCAGCUGUUGCUACAGUAAUAUACUCCUAGAACAGAAUUUGUCACAUCACAGGUGUGGUGUAGCUGCAAAUAUUUUUCUAUAUGAUGAGAAGCUGCAGUAGUUAAUGAAAUAGCAAGGAAAAGAUUAUAGCAGAAAAUAAAGGGUGGGUUUAUUAAGGAUGUAUAAAAUUAUACCUUGUGCUGCUUUUUGUUUUUAUUUUUGUUUUCUUCAAAGCUGAUUGGCUAGAUUAGCCAGACUUCAGCAGAGUUAGCAAGUGACUGAGGCCUAAGUAAUUCCUGAUAUGAGCACUGGAUCUUUUGACAGCAGUAUUGAAGGGAAGGAGGAAGGAAAGAAGGAAAGAAGGAAGGAAGGAAAA